AGGCAAAGAAUCCGCAAGCAGGGCGAAAGAGGCGCAUCCCGCUGGGAGAAGUCCGUCCGGAGUUUUUGGAGAACGUGGGAGAAACCCGGACCCUCCAACUCUAGGAAAGACCUCUCUAUCCCGCCUAGCGCCAAUUAAAAGGCGAGAGACCCAGGAUGGAUAAAUAUAAAGCUCUGGAACAACUGCUGACAGAACUGGAAGAUUUUCUGAAGAUACUAGAUAAAGAGAACCUCAGCAGCACAGCCAUAGUCAAAAAAAGCUUUCUGGCUGACCUCCUUCGACUGUGCACCAAGUCAAGUGGUGGUGAUGAAGAAUACAUUUAUAUGAACAGAGUGACCAUAAGUAAACUACAUGGGGAACCAGAGAAAUCCAACAAAGGUUACCAAGAUUCCUUGACUAAUGGAGAAAUGGAGCAGUAUUUGUAUCCUCCACAGAAAAGUUUGCCAGAUCUUCCACCUUCAAAAAUAAUUCCAGAAUCAAAACUACAUUCAGGCCUCAAAAAUGAAUCUCCAGAAGGGUACUAUGAAGAAGCUGAACCUUACAGUGUUUCUAUAAACGAUGAUGAAGCAGUCAGCAGCUCCUAUGAAUCCUACGAUGAGGAAGAGAGCACUAAAGGCAAGUCAGCCCCUCAUCAGUGGCCAUCACCUGAAGCAUCUAUUGAACUUAUGAAAGAUGCCCGGAUCUGUGCUUUUCUCUGGAGAAAGAAAUGGUUGGGCCAGUGGGCCAAACAGCUUUGCAUGAUUAAAGAGAACAGACUGUUGUGCUACAAGACUUCCAAGGAUCAUAGUCCUCAGCUGGAUGUUAAUUUGGUGAGCUGCAGUGUCAUUCACAAGGAGAAGAAUCUGAGAAAGCAGGAGCAUAAAUUGAAGAUCAUCCCCAUGAAUGCAGAUGUGAUCGUCUUGGGUUUGCAAAGUAAAGACCAAGCAGAACAAUGGCUCAGAGUAAUCCAAGAAACAAGUGGUCUUUAUCCCGAGGGGCCCUGUGAAGGAAAUCAGUACGUUCCAGACUUCCAGCGGUUCAAUAAUCCAAAAGUGGAGCCAUCAGAGAGUGGAAGUAACACUGAUGGUCACGCGGAGCUGGUGGAAACAAAAGAUGCGAAGAAGAAAUGCACACCUGGGUUAAAAUUUAGCAACCUGAUGAAUCUUGGGAGAAAGAAGUCUACCUCCCUGGACAAUCCAGAAAGAUCUUUGGAUACCUGCACAUAUUUAAAUGUACUGGUGAACAGCCAAUGGAAAUCCUACUGGUGCCAUGUGAAGGAUGGCCAGCUCCACUUCUACCAGGAUAAAAACAGAAGCAAAGCAGCUCAACCAGCUUUGAACUUGGUGGGCUGUGAAUUCAUCCCAGAUCCAAGCCCCGACCAUGUCUACUCAUUUCGUAUCCUGCACAAGGGUGAAGAAUUGGCCAUGUUAGAGGUAUGGAUGCCAUUCUCUCCAGAAGCUGGUAAACACAGUUUAGUAGCCAUUCAUGGGAACCUAUCACAAGGCUGUGUUGGAACCAAUUUAAAGCUUCCUUUCUUUGCAUAG